UGGCGAGUGAUUAUGGCGUUUUUGCAGAUCUGCCGUCGGCAUCGGACAGUUUUUGGUGCAAGUUACUCUUUGGAAUGUUUAUUGACAGGAAGAAAUUUCUACAGCUCCUGCUUACUAAAUCACAACCUACAAAUUUCGCCUACUUGUUUAGCUAAAAGUAACUUGAAGAACACUUUGUUGAGACGGGGGUCAAGUAAUCAGCCAUUCAUUUACCUGUUUACUACUCAAGCAUAUCCUCUUCGACAACAAAAUGCCAUCCAAAUUACAAAUUAUGUGUCUUCCACUGACAGUAAGUCAACAUCACAAGCUAAGAAGAAAAUUAAAGUGACAGAAAAUAAUGCAAAGAAAAGGAAUGUGAAGAAAAGUGAGGCUGUAAAAAUAGUGAAUGACACUGUGAAAUCAAAUGAAGAUGAGAACAUGAUCAAGGAAAUCAGUAAUGAAGUGAAAAAUCAGCUGAGUUCAGCUUCAAAAUUAACAUUGCCUUUAAUGAAAAAAAGUAAGGGAAAAGAGAGUAGCAAAGCAAAAUCAAGAAGACAAAGUACUGAGAUUGUUUGGCCAAAUGCGAGUAAAGAUGACAUUAGCUCAAAAAGGAAAUUGGAUCAAGUUUCAGUUACAAAUCAAAAAGGAAAGCUCCAUGUAACAAACAAGACUAAAGCAAAGAAGAAAUCUGAUCCAUCAAAAACAAUUGUGGACACAAAGAUCUCUCCAAUGAGUGGUUUCAUUAGUGAUAAUGAAACUCACUCGUUAGAUUAUAGUCCAGAGGCUGUUUUAAUCGAAGCAGAGGAACAUUUCCAUGAACAAAGCAAAUUUGGGGACAUUGAUAGCAGUCUUGAUCAGCAUGUAUGCGAUGUGGAAGUGCAGAGAGAUGUGGCAAAGCCUCUCUCUGAAAAUGCAUCCGGACAAUACUUUGAAGGACCUGCAAAAUAUAAAGAUGGGACUCCAGGGGGACGAUUGUUUAAAGAAGAGACUUUGGCGGAAAUGGAUGCAUAUCUUUACCUCAGAAAACCUAAGGAAGCAGAGAAGUUGUUCAACAGAUAUCUGCGAAUGGGUAAACAAUUUGAAGUGGACACUUUCAAUAAAUUGCUUCAUGGUUGGGCUCAGAAAGGCAACAUCAUGAGCACCAAGUUUUUGUGGGAUUUAUUAAACAAUGAAGGACUAGAACCUGACAUGGGAACAUAUGCUGCAUUACUACAUGGCUAUGGGAAACAGAGUGAUAAAGAAGGAGUGCAAAACAUUCUUGAUGAAAUGAAGCGAAAGGAAUUUGAUGUCAAUAAUAUAUUCAUACAAUGCUGUCUGACAGCGCCUGAAGCCAAGGGAGUUUCCAAUGCUAUAAAACUUGUGAAUCCUCACUUCAGACCAGUUGUUAAGGAAGCACAUAAUCAGAUCAGAUACCCAUCUCUGUUAAAAUCAUGGUAUUCCGACAGGGAGAACUUGGAUAUUAAACUGAAAAGUGUCCCUGGAAAACUUGAAAGAGAACUAGAUGAAUCCAGACUUCAAGAACUCUUUGAGGAACAAAUAUCAAGGGAACUUUCAGGAUUCACACCGAUUAUGUCAAUUGAAGACAAUGAGGAGCAGAACAAGGAAAACCAAAAGCUGAAGGAAAUGUUUUUGGCGUGUCGUAGCAAGUGGAAGGAAGCCCUCAUUAGGACCUUUGAGAAUGAAAUGUACAAAACCCGAUACACAAGAGGGAAUCGCAUUCCUCCAAAGCAUGCUUCUUUCUUUCAAGUCUUUGAACCUGAUGAGCUUGCCGACAUCAUUUUGGACACCAUUGUGUUUUACGUGAAAGGACGCAUUGAAGGGGUGCCUUUGUAUGGUAUCAGUGGGGAAUUAGGUUCUGCUCUCAAUACAAAAUACAUUGUGAAACACAGAGUGCAAUCAGGGAUGUUAGACAAGAUGAAAGCCAUAUAUCUUGACUACUUCUCAUAUUUAAUGGAUGAAAAAGUCAUGGCAACAAAGAUGGCGCGCGAGUUUUGGAAUGAGAUGGAUGAUUUGUUACCACUGGGAGGGUCAUUGGAACAGGAUGUUCCAAACUGGCCUUGGGCAGCAAAAGUUGUGUUUGGUUGUUCACUGGUAGAAUGCUUCCUGAAGACAGCUCAAAUCAAUGUAAAUCUCUUCAACAAUGGUCCUGAGAAGAUGCUGCCAGCUUUUUAUCACACUUAUGAAUUUAAAAUGGACAAGAGGUAUGGUGUGUUGAAACCUCAUCCAAUAGUCUGCAAAUUGUUCAAAGGGUAUCUGGCCAAGCAGGGGGAGAUUUCCAUGGAAACAACCUCGGUACCAAUGCUAGUGCCACCUCGGCCCUGGCGAGCUACAAAGGAUGGGGCAUAUCUCAUUUUACCAGUUGAGCUCAUUCGCAGCACCGGCGAUGAAGAUGGUCAAUACGACAAACUUUUAGAAGAAAAAACAAACAAGGAAGAUUUGGUGGCCAUAUUUGACUCACUGAAUUUUCUUGGAGGAUGUGCUUGGAGAACAAACAAAAGAAUCUUAGACCUUGCCAUCCACAUAUUCAACAACGGCGGAAGUGAGAACUUAGCAGUACCGGGGCCUGUUAUUCAACCGGAAGUGGAUUUCAUAUCAUCCAAGACAGACAAUGCAGAGGAGAAAAACAAACUAGUCCGUGAGAGGAGAUUGGCGAAGAAGGUGGCUCGGGAACAGUAUUCUCUGCGCAUGUCCGCGCUGUAUAAACUGUCUGUCGCAAAUCAUUUUCGUGAUCACGUGUUCUGGCUGCCAAUCAAUCUGGACUUUCGAGGAAGAGUGUAUCCCAUUCCCCCACAUUGUGCGCAUGUCGGUGAUGAUUUGAGCAGAGGAAUGCUUCAGUUCGCCAAAGGAGUUCCUCUGGGAGAGAAGGGCCUGGACUGGCUCAAAAUACAUUUAGUGACGUUGCACGGAGCCAAGAAGAAAUCAUCUUUGCAAGAACGUUUGGAUUACGCCAAUGAGAUUAUGGAUGAUAUAGUGGACUCUGCCAAUAACCCUCUGACGGGCCGAGGCUGGUGGAAGACAGCUGACGAUCCGUGGCAAACGCUGGCCACUUGCAUGGAGAUCGUAGACGCCAUGCAGUCCCCAGACCCAACGCUGUAUAUUUCCCAUCAGCCAGUGCACCAGGAUGGCUCGUGCAAUGGUUUGCAGCAUUACGCUGCCUUGGGUCAUGACAGUUAUGGCGCUAGGCAAGUCAAUCUGAUGCCCGCUGAUCGACCUCAAGAUGUUUACGAGGAGGUAGCAAAACUUGUAGAAGCAACUAGAGAGCGUGACGCUGCAGACGGUAACGAAAUCGCUAAGGAUCUGGAAGGAAAAGUCACGCGUAAGGUGAUUAAACAGACAGUGAUGACCAUUGUUUACGGCGUCACUUUCGUCGGCGGCCGAUUGCAGAUCGAACGACAAUUGCGAGACUUAGAUAUGGACCCGAAGCUUGUUUUUAAAUGUUCUCAUUACCUGGUGAACAAGGUUUUUGCCAGCAUCGGAGAGAUGUUUACAGCAGCAAGUGCCAUUCAGAACUGGUUUGCUUCAUCAGCCACACAAAUCGCCUUAGUUGGUCACUAUGUAGACUGGUACACUCCUCUGGGGCUGUAUGUCAGACAACCCUACUGCAAAAAGCCUCUUAGACACUCGAUAAAAACAAAUCUUCAGUGGUUGCUGUUAAAAGUUAAAGGGCUUCCUGAUAUUCCCCCCGACUCGCGGAAACAGCGCGGUGCCUUCCCGCCAAAUUUCGUACAUUCCCUGGACUCUACGCAUAUGAUGCUUACCGCGCUGUAUUGUCAACGGUCUGGGUCAACUUUCGCUUCUGUGCAUGACAGCUUCUGGACGCAUGCGGCCAACGUGGAUGUCAUGAAUCGA